UUAUACAGAGCAAAACUACUUGCUAGAAUUGGUUUUGAUCUUUCUUAAAGUUGUUGUUAGCUUCAGAGACGCUGUCCUCAGGACUCUAUUGCACAAAAAGGAAGGGCUAAGAAUACGUCUCUGACAUGUGAACUUCGUUCUGUUUCCCAUCUUGCCAGGAACGUUGGAAACAGACCCCAGGCAGACCAGUCGUCAGUUUGAAUCACGGUGGUUGAGAAAGAUGUGGGAAUAAUCAGCUAAUGGAGAAAAAAGGGACUCCGGGAGAUCUGAAAUCUGCGUUUUGACCAUGGACAUUUCCUCAAGGCUGGUUUAUUUUUGGAAAUCCUGUUCUUCUGGUGUUGCAGGACCUACCCUGGGCAGAUGAGUUUCCUUUCUGAUUCCCUUUCCUCCUGAGAGCCAACAGAGGUCACUUCCUGAACUUUAAGGAACAUGGAUCUUGGUCGAAGUCUCUAUAGGGAGACUUGCAAGUGCAGCACCGCCUCCUUGUCUGGUUAGGUUUGGGCUGCUUUUCUACCAGCAUCACACACUGUAACUGAGCAGUCACAACCAAGCCACACGGAAAAUCGACAAUACGGAGUCCAAAGGACAACUAGAUACUCGGCUGGACCGGUACGAGGAGCGAGGCCAGCAGCGGAGCAGCCUAUUUUGCAUGGACUAUGCCACUUUCUGGCUCUGCAGGUUAAUCAAUGUUAUAAGAAUCCAAGAUCUGGACACUAGAUGUGCUACUGUUACCCUGGUUCUUCUCACUGACACAGUAAAGAAUUAGAGGCGUGUGCCCGCUUAUCUUCAUCUCAGGUGAAGGGCAGAAGCUCUCCAGAUGUCUUCCAGGAAUGACCAAGUUUUUGUCCCGAUGUCACAUACAAAAACCAGCGGCCUCCCCAGGAUGACCCCCAAUGACCUGAAGACGCUUACUGAAGGGGCUGUGUUAAGUUUUCAUAACAUCUGCUAUCGAGUAAAAGUGAAGAGUGGCUUUCUACUUGGAAGGAAAACAACUGAGAAAGAAAUACUGACGAAUGUCAAUGGGAUCAUGAGACCUGGCCUGAACGCCAUUCUGGGACCCACAGGUGGAGGCAAAUCUUCGUUGUUAGAUAUCUUAGCUGCAAGGAAAGAUCCACAGGGAUUAUCUGGAGAUGUUUUGAUAAAUGGAGCACCUCGACCUGCCAACUUCAAGUGCAACUCAGGUUAUGUGGUACAGGAUGAUGUUGUGAUGGGAACUCUGACAGUGAGAGAAAAUUUACAGUUCUCAGCAGCUCUUCGCCUUCCAUCAACUAUGACGAAUCAUGAAAAAAAUGAACGGAUAAACGUGGUCAUUCAGGAGCUAGGUCUGGCUAAAGUGGCAGAUUCCAAGGUUGGAACUCAGUUUACCCGUGGUGUGUCUGGAGGAGAAAGAAAAAGGACGAGCAUUGGAAUGGAGCUUAUUACCAAUCCAUCCAUCUUGUUCCUGGAUGAGCCCACAACUGGCUUAGACUCAAGCACAGCAAAUGCUGUCCUUUCACUCCUAAAGAGGAUGUCUAAAGGUGGACGAACUAUCAUCUUCUCCAUUCAUCAGCCUCGUUUUUCCAUCUUCAAGUUGUUUGAUAGUCUCACGCUGUUGGCCUCAGGAAAACUAAUGUUCCAUGGGCCUGCUCAUGAGGCUUUGGAGUACUUUGCAUCAGCUGGUCACCACUGUGAGCCCUAUAAUAACCCUGCAGACUUCUUCCUCGAUGUCAUCAAUGGAGACUCCUCUGCUGUGGUGUUAAACAGAGAGGACGAAGAUGGUGAAGCCAAGGAAACUGAAGAAUCUCCCAAGAGAGAUAUGCCAAUCAUAGAAAAAUUAGCUGAGUUUUAUGUCAACUCUGCCUUCUUCAGAGAAAUGAAAGUUGAAUUAAAUCAACUCUCAGAGGUUCAGAAAAAGAAGAAGAGUGUGGCCUUCAAGGAGAUCACCUACGCCACCUCCUUCUGUCAUCAAGUCAGAUGGGUUUCCAAGCGUUCAUUCAAAAACUUGCUGGGUAAUCCCCAGGCCUCCAUAGCUCAGAUAAUUGUAACAGUCAUCCUGGGAUUGGUUAUUGGUGCCAUUUUCUAUGAUCUAAAAAAUGAUCCUGCAGGAAUCCAGAAUAGAGCUGGGGUGCUCUUCUUCCUGACAACCAACCAGUGCUUCACCAGUGUGACUUCUGUGGAGCUCUUCGUGGUUGAGAAGAAGCUCUUUAUGCAUGAAUAUAUCAGUGGAUACUACAGAGUGUCAUCUUAUUUCAUUGGGAAACUGUUAUCUGAUUUACUGUCCAUGAGGAUGUUACCAAGUAUUAUAUUUACUUGUAUAAUCUACUUCAUGUUAGGAUUGAAGCCAGUGGUGGAGUCCUUCUUCAUCAUGAUGUUUACCCUUAUGAUGGUGGCUUAUUCGGCCAGUUCUAUGGCUCUGGCCAUAGCAGCAGGUCAGAGUGUGGUGUCCAUAGCAACACUUCUCAUGACCAUCUCCUUCGUGUUUAUGAUGAUUUUUUCAGGGCUGUUGGUCAACCUCCGGACCGUUGCGCCUUGGCUUUCAUGGCUUCAGUACCUGAGCAUUCCUCGAUAUGGCUAUGUGGCUUUGCAGCAUAAUGAAUUUUUGGGACAAAACUUCUGCCCAGGACUCAAUGUAACAGGAAAUGAUACCUGUAGAUUUGCAAUAUGCACUGGAGAAGAAUUCUUGAUAAACCAGGGCAUUGACCUCUCACCGUGGGGCCUGUGGCAGAACCAUGUAGCCUUGGCAUGUAUGCUUGUCAUCUUCCUUACAAUUGCUUACCUAAAAUUGUUAUUUCUUAAAAAAUUUACAUAAAUUUCUCUCUAAUUUAUAUUUUUUCUACACAUUAAAAAGGGAGCACCCUAGCCCCAGCCUGGCAGCUCAAGUUGAUUAGAGUGUCUUUCUGACACAGCAAGAUUGUGGGUUCGAUCCCUGGUGAAGGCACAUAUAAGAAGCAAUUAAUGAAAGCAUAAAUAAGUGGGACAACAAAUCGAUAUCUCUCUCUCCCUCUUCUUUUCUCUCUCUAAAAUCAAUAAAUAAAAAAUUUAAAAAUAAAAUAAAAUCACAAGGGAGCAUCUUGAUUUAAGUAUUCAAUGAAAUAUGUUGUUGUCUUUUUUUCAUUUGACAUCAUGUUAUUUACCAGCCAGAAUUUUUUCAACAGAAAC